CCCUCCCCGCCCGGCGGCGGCCGAGUCUCUCCCCCGCUCCCCUCACCGAACGCGCGGCGUGCGCGGCGGUGCCGGUCCGGUGCUAAGAUGGCGUCUAUCAUGGAGGGCCCGCUGAGCAAAUGGACCAAUGUGAUGAAGGGCUGGCAGUACCGCUGGUUCGUGCUGGACUACAACGCGGGGCUGCUCUCCUACUACACGUCAAAAGACAAAAUGAUGAGAGGCUCACGCCGAGGGUGUGUUAGACUCAGGGGAGCUGUGAUUGGUAUAGACGAUGAGGACGACAGCACCUUCACAAUAACUGUUGAUCAGAAAACCUUCCAUUUUCAGGCUCGAGAUGCAGAUGAGAGGGAGAAGUGGAUCCACGCUUUAGAGGACACCAUCCUCCGCCAUACCCUCCAACUUCAGGGUGUGGAUUCAGGAUUUGUUCCCAGCGUUCAUGAUUUUGACAAGAAACUUACUGAGGCUGAUGCUUACUUACAGAUCUUGAUAGACCAGUUGAAGCUCUUUGAUGAAAAACUCCAGAACUGCAAAGAUGAUGAACAGAGAAAAAAAAUUGAAGGUCUCAAAGAAACAACCAGUAGCAUGGUAGAAUCAAUAAAACACUGCAUUGUGUUGCUACAGAUUGCUAAAGACCAAAAUAAUGAGGAGAAGCACGCAAAUGGACUUAUAAGCACCAUCAACCCCGUGGACGCCGUGUAUCAGCCCAGCCCCUUGGAGCCUUCAGGGAUCAGCACCAUGCCCUCCCAGGCUGUCACACUGCCAGAACCUGCUCAGCUGUGCAAGUCAGAGCAGAGACCCUCCUCUUUGCCAGUGGGACCUGUGGUAGCAUCGCUCGGGAACCAGACUCCAACACCAAACAGUACAGGGAGUGGGCAGUCAGCACCUAGCAGCAGUCUCACCUCUCCAAGCCAUGUCAACCUGUCUCCAAAUACAGUCCCAGAUUUUUCUUACUCAAGCAGUGAGGAUGAGUUCUAUGAUGCUGAUGAGUUCUACCAGAGCAGUUCUUCCCCAAAGCGAUGCAUGGAUUCUUCAGGGUCUGCUGCAGUCCUGACUCGGAGCAGCACAGGGAGCAGCCUGAAACGUCCAGAUACCACAGAGUCCCUCAAUUCUUCCAUGUCUAAUGGCACAAAUGAUGCUGAUCUCUUUGAUCCUCCCGACGAUCGAGAAGAUGAUGGGGAAGGAGAGUCGGUGGAGGAGCACAAAAGUGUUAUCAUGCAUCUCUUGUCACAAGUGAGAUUAGGCAUGGACCUCACCAAGGUGGUUCUCCCAACGUUUAUCCUGGAAAGAAGGUCGCUGUUGGAAAUGUAUGCUGACUUCUUUGCACACCCGGACUUGUUUGUCAGCAUUAGUGACCAGAAGGAUCCCAAGGAGAGGAUGGUGCAGGUGGUUAAGUGGUACCUCUCAGCUUUCCAUGCAGGAAGGAAAGGCUCAGUUGCUAAGAAGCCUUACAAUCCCAUUCUGGGGGAGAUCUUCCGCUGCCACUGGGUGUUGCCUGGCACUGAGGAUGACAUGGAGCCAGUCUCUGAAGGACCAGUCCCCUGGGUCAGCAAAAGCAACGUCACCUUUGUGGCAGAGCAGGUCUCUCACCAUCCUCCAAUUUCAGCAUUUUAUGCAGAGUGUUUUAGCAAGAGGAUACAGUUCAAUGCUCACAUAUGGACCAAGUCCAAAUUCCUAGGAAUGUCUAUUGGGGUUCAUAACAUAGGGCAAGGGUGUGUUACAUGCCUAGAUCAUGAUGAACACUAUAUUUUGACUUUUCCUAAUGGCUAUGGAAGGUCUAUUCUCACUGUGCCAUGGAUAGAGCUUGGGGGGGAGUGCAGCAUCAAUUGCUCAAAGACAGGUUACAAUGCUUCCAUUGUCUUCCACACAAAACCAUUUUAUGGAGGAAAGAAGCACAGAAUUACAGCUGAAAUUUUUUCUCCAAAUGACAAGAAACCCUUCUGCUCCAUUGAAGGAGAAUGGAAUGGGGUCAUGUAUGCAAAGUACUCCACAGGGGAGAAUGCUGUCUUUAUAGAUACCAAGAAAAUGCCUACAAUAAAGAAGAAGGUAAGGAAAUUGGAGGACCAAGACGACUUUGAGUCUCGCUGCCUAUGGAAGGAUGUCACCUACAACCUGAAGAUCAGAGACAUCGACGCAGCCACGGCGGCCAAGCACGCGCUUGAGGAGCGGCAGAGAGCCGAGGCCAGGGCCAGGAAGGAGAACGAGACCUCCUGGGAAACGAGGUUAUUCCACGAGGACGGGGAGUGCUGGGUGUACGACGAGCCGCUGCUGAAGCGCCUCGCUGCCAGCAAGCACUGAGGGGGUGAGGCCUGGCCUGGCCUGGCCUGGGCAGGGCUGGGCUGGCAGCUGAGCCCACGCCCGAGCCUGGGCAGGGCAGCUGAGCCCACACCCGAGCCUGGGCAGGGCAGGGCAGGGCCGGCAGCUGAGCCACACCUGCAGCGAUGAUCCCAGGCCCAGCCCCGGCCCCCCUGCAGCUGCAGCGGUUCCUUUCUCAGGGAUACUGGACUUACUGAGACAGACAAAGCAAUUCACGAGAGGCUGAGCAGCUCCGGGCAGGGACUGGCUCUGGUGGCAGUGCCCAGCUCAGGCCCUGGGGCACAGACACUGUGUAACCACUGUGAAGGCCACGGUGCUGGGAGCAGUUGCAUCAUAAUCCUGGGUCCUACAUAUUUAAAAAGCAAGGAACAAAAUGCAAGGUGUCAUUUAAAUCUCGCUGAUGUUUGCAACGUGUAAAUAUGAGGAUUCCUCUGAUGGGACAAUUUGUUAGAAAAUGCUACAUCAAUGUUAUCUUCCACCUGUAUGAUAAUCAAAUCUUUUGGCAUUUCAGUGUCUUGCCCAAAAUAACUGUUAUUUUGAGAUUGAAAUGUAACCAUAGAUAAUUCUACCCAAUGCAUCUUAAAGCUUCAUAAAAUAGAUUUUUCAAACUUC